GCGCUCGAGAUGUCAGUUUACAAACAAAAAGCAAACGAGUCGUAUCAGAAGCUAAGAAGCCAUAAAACGCUUCAACUCUAUAUUCCUAAAUAAAAACUUGCAUAUUACAACGUCAAUUUCAAAUCGAGAUAUAAAAUCGUAUUUUCAGUCGUGUUAAAAGUGAAAAUAAACAAAAAUCAAAAUGCCAGCAAUUGGAAUUGAUUUGGGAACGACGUAUUCGUGCGUUGGUGUUUGGCAACAAGGAAAAGUGGAAAUAAUAGCAAAUGAUCAAGGAAAUCGAACGACACCAAGUUACGUUGCAUUCACGGAUACGGAGAGACUGAUCGGAGAUGCGGCGAAAAAUCAAGUCGCGAUGAAUCCCACGAACACGGUAUUCGACGCGAAAAGAUUGAUCGGCCGUAAAUUCGACGAUCCGAAGAUCCAGAAUGACAUUAAACAUUGGCCAUUCAAAGUCGUAUCUGAAGCUGGAAAACCGAAGAUUCAAGUGGAAUUUCGUGGAGAAACGAAGAGGUUUAAUCCAGAGGAAAUAAGUUCGAUGGUACUAAUAAAAAUGAAGGAAACUGCGGAGGCGUAUCUCGGUGAAAAAGUGAAGGACGCGGUUAUUACGGUACCGGCUUAUUUCAACGAUUCGCAACGUCAAGCAACGAAGGAUGCUGGUGCUAUAUCAGGAUUAAACGUUCUGAGGAUAAUCAACGAGCCAACAGCAGCCGCAUUGGCUUAUGGUCUCGACAAAAAUCUGAAGGGUGAGAAAAACGUGCUCAUCUUCGAUCUCGGAGGUGGUACCUUUGACGUUUCGAUAUUGUCGAUCGAUGAGGGCUCGCUUUUCGAGGUUAAAUCAACAGCAGGAGACACCCAUUUGGGUGGCGAAGAUUUCGAUUCGAGACUGGUCGAUCAUUUUUGCAAGGAGUUCGAAAGGAAAUACAAGAAAAACCUGAAAUCAAAUCCUCGAUCGCUCCGUCGUUUGAGAACAGCAGCCGAACGAGCGAAACGAACUCUUUCUUCGAGCACCGAAGCCACCAUCGAGAUCGAUGCUUUGUUCGACGGUGUUGAUUUCUACACGAAAAUUUCACGUGCUCGUUUCGAGGAAUUGUGCGCCGAUCUUUUCCGAGCUACUCUCGAGCCCGUCGAGAAAGCACUGGCAGAUGCCAAAUUGGACAAAAAGUCGAUUCACGACGUCGUUCUUGUCGGUGGCUCGACUCGCAUCCCGAAGGUGCAAUCAAUGCUGCAGAACUUCUUCUGCGGCAAGCAGCUCAAUCUCUCGAUCAACCCAGACGAAGCAGUGGCGUAUGGUGCGGCCGUUCAAGCGGCUAUACUCACCGGAGAAGGCGGCAAGAGUUCAACUCUUCAGGACGUUCUUUUGGUCGACGUUGCGCCGUUGUCUCUUGGAAUAGAGACCGCUGGAGGUGUCAUGACGAACUUAAUUGAUCGGAACGCUCGUAUACCUUGCAAACAGUCGAAAACCUUCACGACUUACGCCGACAAUCAACCAGGCGUGAGUAUUCAAGUUUUUGAGGGUGAACGAGCUAUGACGAAGGACAACAACAUCCUGGGAAAGUUUGAACUGAGUGGCAUAGCACCGGCGCCUCGUGGAGUCCCGAAAAUCGAUGUGACUUUCGACAUCGAUGCGAACGGUAUACUUCACGUUACCGCUAAAGAUAUUGCCAGCGGACGUAGUAGCGACGUCCGCAUAACCAAUGACAAGGGACGUUUGUCACGCGAGGAAAUCGACAGAAUGCUCGCCGAAGCAGAACGUUAUCGUGAUCAGGACCAGGAACAACGCACCAAAGUAGAGGCUCGAAACAGCCUUGAGAGCUAUGUCUUCAAUGUUAAACAAGCUGUACAGGACACCGGUGACAAACUUGACAAGUCCGAUAAGGAAACUGUCAUUCGACUGUGUGAGGAGACCAUCAAAUGGCUUGACAACAAUACCCUCGCUGACAAAGACGAAUACAAACAUCGCCUUGAUGAAUUACAAAAGCAAUGCUCGCCCAUCAUGGCCAAGAUUCACCACGCUGGAGCAGCCGGAGGGCCUCAGGACUGCGGAGCCCAAUACAGGGAAAGCGACAACAAACAUUCUGGUCCAUCCGUCGAGGAAGUUGACUAAAUGAAUAAUACCCAGUAUUUUCCAAUGAAAACGCGACAUUCCAAAGACUGAUUUUUUGUUCCUUAAAGCUUAUUUUAAUAACCAUCGCGUUAUCACCUUGUUACUAGUCUUUCAACGAUUCAGAUUAUCUGCAUUGUUGAUCACAUUUCUUUUGAGUUGUUAUAUCGAAGUUCCAGUUCAAAUUAAUUUGUCUGUACAACAUGAAAGUUAAACCUAAUAAAAUAUAUUUAUAAUAAAACAUUAA